UGGGUGCGGUUGUGUCGUGAAUUAGAGAAAAGUGCAUCGAUUUAAGCUUUACGAGAAAGUUUUUCCAUGGUUAUAAAGUGUACGAAGUGAAACAGCGUGGGAGAGAAAAAGGCUACCGUUGUUGCGAUCGCUCGAGUUUUUAUAUCUUGUCGUCUUGUCGAUUCUCACUGGCAUCCCAGGGAUCCGAGAAACGAUUUGGAACGCGUAUACAACAAAAAAAUCAGUUACGAUCGUGACAUUUCUGACUUGCAAAGGAUUAAUUUUGCUGCUUUAACUAGCCCGUCCUGAGUAAUUGAAAAAAAUCCCAACGAAAGAGCGCCUACUGCAGAGGCUUUCUUGCAUUGAAAGGGUUGUGCGAGCUAAAUUUGUUAUCAACAUUCGUGAAAAAAUUUUCACAGAACGCUGGGAAUUUUUUUCCGCGCUGGAGCGUCGACGAACGAAUAUUAAGCGCGAUCGUGCAACGUGGCCGCGACGCCAUUUUGUGAAGACUCGUGUGCGCGUCCCGCGAGCAGUAACGGCCUCCUUUGUACUGUGACCUCCGGAAUCACGGAAGGAACAGUGUUUUCUUACGAUCCUGUCGUCCCGUUGCUACAUCUGGAAGAGAAAAAGAGGAGGAAAAGGACUGGUGCAACAUCGACGACGAAAUUUUAUCAUAAAUUAUUCGUCCUGGGUCGCAUCGCAUAGCAACCAUGAGACUGGAAAUUGUGUUCGCGGCGGAUUUUUUGGUGCACCUACUGCGUCUUCAGACGGGCCAGCUGUCUGAACGUCAGCUGGAAAUGUUCAAGGCCUCCUUAACGGAGGUUCUACAUCGUCGAUACAGAAAUCACUGGUUUCCGGAUCGUCCAAAUCGUGGUUCCGGUUACCGUUGCAUACGUAUCAACGGUAAAAUGGACCCGGUAAUAGUACAAGCGGGCGCGAACGUCGGUUUGCUGCCUACAGUAUUGCACAGCUUGUUUCCAAGCGAGCUCACCAUGUGGAUCGACCCGUCAGAAGUAUCGUACAGAAUUGGUGAAAACGGAUCUAUUUGUGUUCUGUACGAACGUACCGAGCCUGAACCAGAGGACUCUCAACAACAUCAGCAUCAACACCAACAUCAACGUCAACACCAACACCAGCAUCAACACCAUCCACAACAACAACAGCAACAACAAUUCGAAACUUGCAAGGACUCUUUAUUAUUGGAGCACUCGCAGUUUAGCGAGCAGAUCGCUGCGUUCGUUUCCAGUUGAAGCGUUUUUCGGCACGAAUUCAUCGAUGCGACGAUGUCUCGCUUCAUUUUCAUUGGACGUGCAUCACGCUCUCGGACUGAUCAAAGCAUACGCGUUUCGUGACAUGUGAUCGCUCUCCUCUGGUCGGGUGAAUAUGUAAUUCGUACACACAAACGCGCAAUUCUACUUCAUUCAUCGUUGAGUUUGACAAAGAUUACAUGUAACGAGCUUCUUCGUGCACCUCGUUACGAAAUGGACAGCAAAAAAAAAAAGAAACAAAGAAAAGAAAUAAGUGUACAAAAAGUGAAUAAUCGUUUUUCGGCUAAAUCUGGUUCUCCCCGAAGAAAAAUUCGUCCAAUAUUGUGUCGUCCGACGAAUCAUAAUGAUUGCAAUCACGACUGACUCUAGUCCAACCAUAUGUGCGAGUCAUUCUGGAUUUUCGCCGACUGUACGAAAGAAAAAAGGAUACUCUUAAGCGGGAAGUAUCAUCAUCAU